AUGAGUGAUUAAUAAUAGAAAGGUGAAAGUCAAGAUAAUUCUAGUUUGGAAUCCUCUUAAGAUGAAUAAUAAUAGAAAACAAUAAAACCUGCUGAAUUAAUUCUACUUCCAAAAGUUUAUUCUCAAUCUCUUAAUAAUGAAUAACCAUCAACAAGAGAAGAAAGAAAAAUAAAAUAAUAUUUAUAACGUAUAAGAGAAUAAGAGCGUUUAGAGGAAGUAUGUUUCUUUUAAAUUUAGAUUGAUAAAGGCUGCCACUUUAAAAAAGAAGCGAUUUAAAGUAAAAUAUCAUAUUAAAUAUUUUCAGGCAAACCCGCCAUAAAAAUAACAGGAUAAUUUAGAUUUGGCAAUAAAUGCAGAAAAUGGAGAUGAAGAAGGAAGGUAUAGAUUAUUUUGUCUAAACAUUAGUUUAUUGACAGCCCCAGCUAUACAAAUAAAUCCUUAAGUAUUGUAAACAGAACAAUAAUCUGAAAUACAAACAUAAUAAUUAAAGAUGAGACUAAAUCCAAAAUUAAAAAUAAAAGUAAUCUUGAAUUAUAACUAUAGGAAAAACAUCAUGUUUAUAUUUAUUUAGCAAAUUGUUAAGAUCAAAGUUUAGAAGGAUUUUAGUAAUUAACAUCUAAAGCAACUUAAUUUUAUUCACCUUAAAAAUAACUCAAAGAAUAAUCAAGUUUAAAUCAAAUAAAUUAAGAUGUAUUUUAAGAAACAACCAUCAUUAUUAAAAACAUAAAAAAUCAAUAUUAAUAAUAUAUGGAUUAAAUCACUCAUGCAAACUUAAAUGAUUAGAAAGACUUCUUUAUCAAAUAUUUAGAUAAAAAGUACAUAGAAACUGUACUUAGAGAUAGUAAAAUGUAGAUUUAAAGAAAAUAAAUAAAUGAUAAACAACCAUUAAUUGGAAAGUAGAUUCCAAAAAAAUAUUGA